GCGCGGGGCGCGCGCGCGGGGCUCGGCUCGGAGCGGGCGGCGGGGGAAGAUGGAAGGAGCGUCCUUCGGAGCGGGCCGGGCGGGGGGGGCCAUCGACCCCGUGGAUUUCCUGAAGCAGCCGCAGACCCUGCUCCGGGUGACCACCUGGAUCUUCUCCAUCGUGGUGUUUGGCUCCAUUGUGAACGAGUGCUACGUGAACAAGGACAGCCAGAACCCCGAGCUGCUCUGCAUCUUCAACGAGAAUGAGAGCGCCUGCAGCUACGGCAUCGCCGUCGGCAUCAUCGCCUUCUUCGGCUGCAUCUUCUUCUUCAUCGUGGACCUGUACUUCCAGCAGAUCAGCAGCGUCAAGGACCGCAAACGGGCCGUGCUGCUGGACCUCGGCUUCUCAGGUUUCCUGGCCUUCCUGUGGUUUGUGGCCUUCUGCUUCCUGGCCAACCAGUGGCAGCGGACGACGCUGACCAGGGGCUUUGCGCAGGGGGCCGACGCCGCGCGGGCAGCGAUCACCUUCUCCUUCUUCUCCAUCAUCAUCUGGGUGGUGCUGGCAGUGAGGGCCCUGCAGAGGUACCGCCUGGGCACGGACAUGUCGCUCUUUGCCACCGACCAGUUCCCCGCCGACCCGAGCGCGCCGUACCCCGGGUACCCCGUGGGCAGCGGCACCGAGAGCACGGAGACCUACCAGAGCCCCCCCUUCACCGAGACCUUAGAGGCCAACCCCAAAGGUUACCAAGUGCCAGCGUACUGAGGGCCCGGGGUGUCCCCGGGGCCGCGUCCCACGGUGCAGCACCGGAUCCGGCCGAUCCCAAAUGUAUUCAGUCCCAUUUCCUUGCCGUGGCCAGUCAGUGCUGGGUCCCUUUAUUAGCUCGUUGUGCAGUGAAUUCUGUACAGUGGUAUUGGUUCUUGUCUUACCUGUCCCAGGGUUUCUAAAAGCAGUGUUCCCUCUAAGCCAGAAGGAAGGAAGGUUGUUACCACAUUACCUACACGUGGGGAAGAUGAAUAAAUGCCCUCUCUAAGCCUUGGUGCCGGGUGCUGGCUCUGCUGGGAAAGCCCAGGACACCUUUUCCUCUUAGAAAACAGUAGCUGAGGAGUUAUUUCUCUCGUUCUGAGGAGUUAUUUCUCUCGUUCUGAGGAGUUAUUUCUCUCGUUCUUCCAGAGCUAACACAGAAUCCGUCGAGGGUGGGUGGGUGGUGGGGAGGGUUGGGCUCCUGCUGAGGAGCUUUCCAGUCCAUGUUCCAUGGAAAGUGCCAAAUUCACAAAGAAGUUAAGUGGUGUCUGUGUUACUUUUCUUUGUAUAUAUUUACUGUACAAAACAAAUAUCCAAACAGGUGUUUCAAACUUGGCUUAGAGGCACGGGGGGGGGGUCACAGUGGGUUGGGGUCAGGGUCAAUAUCCAGGUUAAUUCUGUGCUUCAAUGGGUUCUGGUCAAGGGUGUAAAAAUUACUGUUUGAAACUGGAAACCAGUUCAGCAGUAGCUGGCUGCUAACUGGGAAUAGCCUGUGAUCAGCAGGAUAUGGCACGUUGUGGUUCUGUUUGUUCACCAGGGAGUUGGGAAGUUUCUGGUUGGCAGCGCUGCCACGUCCUCCCACUCAGCCCUGGCACCAGGGAUGGAGGGCUCAGAUGCAAAGUCCAAGGCCAUUAGGAGCAAUACUGGACUUGUGUUUUCAUACUGGGAGCAGCCACCAUCUGUCAGCUGCAGCAGAACCCCAGGUGGGGACAUGUGUGUCACCCUGCAGUCUCCAGAAAUGAGGAAUUCAGGCAGGGAACUGGAAAGGCUUCACAGGCCACUCAAGUCCCUCCCGAGUGGGCUCACGUGUUUGGAAAUGGUGGGGGGAGAGAGUCAGUGAAAAGCACCCAGGAAAGAGCCUCAGUUUGGAGUUUCAGCUGCGAAACUCCUGCCUUGUAAAAACAAAAUGUGUAAAAUCCAGUGGGUCCUUGUCAGCCACCUGCCGGCUUUCCCUUCCAGCUUUCCCUGCUGGCUUUCCCUGCUGGCUUUUCCUGAUGACUUUCCCUGCCUGUGCAGCAGCUGAUCCAGGCCAUGUGUCACUGAGGACUGAGCAGAGGAGCUGAAACUUGAAUUCUUGACCCCCUUGGUGGCAGCUCCAUCCUUGGAGACCCCCGACUCUCCCGGCUCUCCGGCACUCCGGGGUCUUGCCUUGCCAGUUCCCUCUGGCAAAGCCGCUGCUGCCUUCGCCCUCGUGAGGAGCAACAGUCAGAGCCUGCCCCUCCCCUUGGAGCAGGUCCUGGUCACCACCACCACAGCUCAUUCCUGCUGCUGAAUGGCAUUUAAACCAAGUAAUCAGCAGCAAAUCCUCCCGAGCCGUGACAAAGUGCAUUCCCUGCCUCCCUCCAUCCAGGCCGGGUUCCAUGAGCAUUCCCUGGCUGUGCCAGUGCUGAGCUCCUCACAGCUGCCUGACCAGGGACACCCAAACCCCAGGGUAGGCUAAAUGAAUUCCAGGAUCUUUGUGGUUUUGUGGAGCCAGUCUUGCUGGGAAAGGAAAAAACCCCAAGGAUUUUAAUACAGGGUCCGGUAGAACUGUAGCAAUAUUUUCCUUAGAGGGAACACUGAAACUUUAGCAGCACAACCAGUACUCGUGUUAAUAUUUUAGCAAAAUUAUAAUCAAUUUAAAUGUUUAAAUUGAUUGUAUGUGAGAUAAUGUUCGUUCGGUACAGUGUAUUUUUUCUAACUAUAAUAUAACUGUUCCAGAGUUUCCUUGUAUCCGUGAAGAGCUAAAGCUGUGUCUGCCUGCGGGACGUGUCCUGCCCCCUGUACCCCCCGUGCUGAAUAUUACACGCUCUGAAUGUCCCCCCCGAGGCCUGCAUUGCCUUUCUUUGCCCCACACGCACAUCCCACCACGCUCGGUGCCAGGACUGACCUCGGGAGUCAGGGAAUGACAUGGGAAUGCCGCCGGCACAGCUCCAGCCCCCAGCUGAGGCACCUGGUUCUUCCCGAGGUCAGCAGCUUGUUCCAGCUCCUAAAAUCAGUGUUACCUUCACCUUGCAGGCAGCACUUGGCUGCUCUGCUGGGCAGAAGAGGAGGAGGAGGAGGAGGAAGGGCUUGGGCACCCGAGAGGCUUCCUGGCAGCAGGAAGGCAGGACAGAUUGUUCCUUGAUUAAACCAGAGCGGGGAAUAACGUGUCCAGCCACAUCAAGAGGCACCUCAGGGGAGGUUAACCCUGAUCCCUCUGCACCCAAAAUGCCAGUCCCUGUCAGGGAGGGGAGCCUGUCCCUGCUGGGGUGGCACUGGGAUGGGCAGCUCAGAUGGGCAGGACACCCACAGCUGGGGUGUUUUCCCAGGGAACAGUGAUGGGUUUCUGUAGGAUGUGGCCACGCUGAGGCAGGAGGGGACAACCCAAAAGUCAGGUGGCUCCAUAGCAGCCAGGAUACACCGGCCUUGAAAGGAGCAUUGACCCACCUCAGCCUGACUCAAACACCCCUGGUUUUGGGUUGGCGGGGGGGCUGUUGCCAAAGGCCCCACGUGCAGCUCCCCAGCCCCACAGCAGCCUCCACCCAGCUGAAUCCAAACAUGCUCAGAGGCAGGGUGAGACAACCCCACAGCCUGGCCACUGACACCCUGUGCCUGGAAUCCUGCCUGGAAUCCUCUAUGAGCCCCCCCAGUGUCCCCACAAGCUGCUCGGUGUCACCCUGCAGUGCCCGAGGUGCUGCCACACCUCAGUGUGUCCAUGACCCCUUGGGCAGACCAGAGUGUACAGGUGGGGCUGGAAUAAAUACAGCCCAAAGGGCCCAUGGUUAGAGAACUGGAGCCAUGGGAGCAGGAACUGCUGUAUUGGGGGGUCAGGUAUUUGUAACAUCCAUUUCCAUCUUCUUUCUCCCCAGUUUUUUCUCCCAGCCCAUUUGAUGUGGUACACUUGUUCCCUCAUAACUACCCAGACCACAUCCUAAAAACGUGCCAGGACUGUCCUGAGCAUGCCAAGGCUGUCCCAAAACCACGCCAGGACUGUCCUGAGCAUGCCAGGGCUGUGCCAUCCUCACAAGCCAUUUAUGACCCUCUGUUCUCAGAGCUCGGGACCCCCCAGCACCUCAAGCUCGCAGAGGGCAGGACUCUGCUGUGCUCAGCUCAGCCCAAAACCUUCUGUUAGCACUGAAUUUGGGUGUAAAGAGCAGAAUUCCAGCAAUCCCAUGCUGGUUUCUGCCCGACCCCUUGCUCCAGGAGGCUCUGCCAGGACAACGCGGGUGUUUCCCAGCACUGGGGUAACCACGUCGUGGGGUUUGCAAUUUAUUUAAAGCAUAUUAAAAGAUUUGAAAGAAUUGGAGUUUCUGUUAACAUUUUAAGCUGCUCCUAUCAAGGUGGAAGCUUUGCUUAAGUGAUAUUUAGUAAAAAUAUCCCCCCCAUUACCUGCUUCUGUGUCUCAGGGGGCUGGAGUAGACCCCAAGAGCAGAUCCCUCCCUUUAUGCCUCACCAACCAGCUGUGCCUGGACACUGUGGGAUGAGUUUCCCAUCAGUUCCUGCCACAACAGCAAGUGACACCCCCAGCAUUUCUUUUCUGCUGUCCAUCAGUUCCUUACAGGGUACUCUGUACCCUCCCCUGCCCAUCACCAGCCCCUCAGAAUGGCACAGUGCUGCUCCUGAGCUGCUCUGAGCUCCCACUAACCCUGCUCACCGUCUAUUCCAUAGCAAAUCCCAUCAUUAUUUUGUGGAAAGGCCAUUUCUCUCAGUGAAAGCUGCUGUACAUAUUCAUAGACUCCUCUCAGCCCGUGCUGUCCCCAAGCAGGUGGCUCUGGUCCCGCUCUGGUCCCCCCUUGUCCCAUUCUCAGCUACAUUUUGACCCUCUGUGUGUCACAAGAGCCUCUCCCACCCCAGUGAGGCUCAGAAACAGCCUUCACUGUCUCGACUUGAAACCCAAGUUCAGCUGCCUGGAUUUUGUUGCAAUACACAUUUAAACCUCAGAUCCUUUAAGAGUUUUAAUCUCCAACAGAUCCCAACUGUGGUUUGGGAAGUUCAGUUUCUUUGCAGAUACCUCUGUCCGAGCAGACGCUUCCAGGAGUUGCAGUUGUCACUUAACCUCUGUGCAGUGUAGUAUAAAGUGGACUGUGUAUGGAAAUAAGUUUAAAAUGUUUACAAUUUUGUAUAUAUUAUAUAUAUAAAAAUAUCUUUUGAGAGAACAAUCUGUGAUUCUGUAUUUUCGGUGUCCGUGUAACCAACUGCAACUUAUUUUCAAUAAAGAGUUAAAAA